ACUAAACAUGGCAAGAACUUCUAUAUAAGUGAUAGAAUUCGUAGAGUACUCCACACUCGGAGAUCUUUUAACCAGAAAGAUAAUAAGAAUAAGCAAUCAAUAAUGGCUUCCACUGCUUCUCCAAUGGCCAGCCAACUCAGGAGCAGCUUUGCCUCUUCCUCAACUAAGAGGCUUGCUGUUCCUAAACACAUAAAUAUUGGAGCUACAUUUAGAAUCUCACCCGCUAAGAGAAGCUUCAUUAUCAAAGCUGUUCAGAUACCGAGAGAGAUGGAAGCAAUAGAGGAAUAUCCAAUGAAUGGUGGGCAUGGAAUUUAUAGUUAUGCCAAGAACUCUUACCGCCAGGGACAAGCUAUAAAUGCUGUCAAGGAACUGAUCAAAGAGGAAAUCACUGAAAAGCUUGAUAUCAAUAAAUUUCCUUCAUCGGACACAUUUCGGAUCGUAGAUAUGGGUUGUUCUGCUGGACCUAAUACGUUCUUUGCAGUUCAAAACGUACUUGAAGCAGUAGAAAAGAAGUAUCAGCGUGAAGGACUGGAUCAUUGUAGAUUGCCUGAGUUCCAAGUUUUCUAUAAUGAUCAUUCUUCCAAUGAUUUCAAUACCCUCUUCACAUCCCUUCCUCCGAACAAGAAUUACUACGUUGCAGGCGUGCCUGGUUCUUUCCAUGCUCGUUUAUUUCCUGAAGCCUCUCUUCACAUUGUCAUCUCCUCCUAUGCUAUCCAAUGGAUUUCUCACAUACCAAAAGAGUUGGUGGAUAGGAGCUCUCCUGCAUGGAAUAAAGGGAGGACAUAUUAUGCGCAUGCAGGAGCUGAAACUAUCAAGGCUUAUGCAGAUCAAUUUGCAAAGGACAUGGAUAACUUCUUUCAUUUCAGGGCACAAGAGGUUGUCCCUGGAGGAAUGGUUCUGCUAACUAUCCCAGGUGGCCGAUUGGACUAUCAAAUUCUUUCCAAUACUUUAUAUGACCUCUUGGAAUCCACUAUUGUGGACCUGGCUAAGAAGGGAAUCAUAAGUGAAGAGAAACUGGACUCCUUCAAUGUACCACAAUACUUUCCCUCUCCACAAGAAAUGGAGGCAGCUGUUAAACGAAAUGGGUGUUUCAGCAUAGAAAGAAUAGAGUGCCUCCACGAUGAAAAGAAGCAAGCCAAUCCAAAGGAAGCAAGAGUAUUUUCCUCCCACAUGAGAGCUGGGUUAGAGUUUCUGCUGUCGGAGCACUUUGGACAUGAAAUCAUGGAUGAGCUCUUCGACUUAUUCACUAAAAAAAUUGAAGAAUGUGAAGUCUUUGAUAUGGGGGUCGCCUUCAAAUUGCUUGUAGUCCUUAAACGCAAGUAAUCCAGUAUUUAUUAAUAAUUAGUAGAAGAUCAGGUAGAAAAUCUUUGGCGGACACGUUCCUUCAAGAUAAGACUAGUCUGAUCAUAUAUCAGUGUCUAUCGUGUUCCCGGGUUUCAACUCUUACUUGAAGAUUUGGAUUGGGACGCGAGACAUUAGAUUAAUUGAAUAAAAAGAGUGCUAGCCUGGAAUCUCAAUCCUCUAUAAAUAUUAUAAAUGUAUUUCACUGUGUUA